GUGCUAAUGGUCUGGCCAACCCCAGGGAUUUCCUUACCCCUGUUGCAUGGUAUGAGGACCGUGAUGUUGAUGGCUUCCGCAUCAUUUCCAAAUACCAGGGACAUCUGUUUGAGGCACUACAGGGCCAUUCUCCCUUCGAUGUUGUAGCCUGGCAUGGUAAUUAUGUGCCUUACAAGUACAAUCUUAAGCACUUCAUGGUGAUCAAUGCUACAGCCUUCGAUCAUGCUGAUCCAUCCAUCUUCACGGUAUUGACAUGUCCCGGUACCAAACCUGGAGUGGCAAUUGCAGACUUUGUCAUCUUUCCUCCACGCUGGGCUGUUCAGGAGCAUACAUUCCGCCCACCAUACUACCAUCGCAAUUGUAUGAGUGAAUUUAUGGGCUUGAUUUAUGGAAACUACGAGGCCAAAGAAGAAGGUUUUAAGCCAGGUGGGGCCUCCCUACACUCGAUGAUGACGCCCCAUGGGCCUGAUGUCGACUGCUUUAAUGGUGCCUCCACAGCAGAGCUAACCCCAGUCAGAGUUGCUGAUGGAACACAGUCCUUCAUGUUUGAGACUUCACUGGGAUUGGGCCUGACACAGUGGGGUGAAGAAACUUGCCGUAAAAUUGACUCUGACUACUACAAGUGUUGGCAAGGUCUCAAGAAGAGUUUUGACUUAAACUGGAAACCAACUCCAAAGAAGUAAUAAUAUUUUUUGUGAAACCUUGGAAUUACCUAUGUAUCAGUAUAUUGAUACUUUGUCUUUUUGUACUGUUUUUGUUGCCCCAAUAUGCACGUAUGCAAGUUAUUGUUAAUUAGCCAUUGUAACUUGAGGGCCACCAUUUUUGUCUACUUUCAUCUUUACUUUAUAGUACUAUAGUUUGUGCGUAUUAAAAUUUUGCUUUACUACACUGAAAUUCAACUAAUCCACAUUUAUGUAUAAUGACUUAAAAUUUAUUUUUAUUUGCUACUUGGAGUGACUUCUGAACUGUUAUAUCUGUGCACCUCUACAAAGACUGAUUAUGCAUGAAUGAUAAGUUUUUCUUUCUUGGGUCACCCUACCUCAGUGGGAGAUAGGCAGUGUUUUGAAAAAAAAAAUUAGUUUUUUAACUCUACAGUCAUCUCCCACAAAGGCAGAACGACACAAAGAAUAAAACAUUCAAGUGAUUCUUUCCAGAAGUGUGCUGAUAUUAAUCAGAAUUUUAUCUUUUAAAUCUUUAAUUCCUUCCUAAUACAGAGGAACCUCGGUACUUUAACUUAAUUUGUUCCAGAAGGCUGUUAGAGUACCGAACGAAUUUUUCCCAACCAA